ACGCACGGCCGCGCCGGUAGUGUCGUCGUGCGCCGGUUUCCAUCAACACUGCACAACCAGCCGUGGCGUGUUUCGGUGUGUGCGAGAGAGCGAACAACAACAACAACAACAACAGCAUUGCAGCAGGCCGGUCCGCCGUGUUCAGUCAGACGAGAGUAGUGUCCUAGUCCGUUUCGCUGUCGGCUUGUGCGUCGUAAUUGUAAACUCUUGUGGUGUAUUGGAGUUCGCGUGGUGGUUUACAGCAGUAGAAGAAUAUAAUAUAAUAUAAUAUAAUACAGUAGUCUUCGCGUAACGGUUGUUGUUGUUGUUGUUAUAACGUCGGAAUCGUGUAGUCGAGAACUGUGUCUGUGUGCGACUGUAACAACGCUCCCGGGAUCGAAUGAUUUAAAAAUAUCGUCGGUCGUUCAAAAGUAUUACACGUUGUCGUCCCACGCGUCCCGGUUUUUGUAAAUUAUUCGUUAUUUAUUAAGUAUUUCGAUAUAUUAUCUUUUGCCCUGUAUAAAUACCGAGAAAAAACCCGCUGAUAAGACGGGGAAAAAAAGGAAACAAGUUGAUAAAAGAUAUUAUUAUAUUUAUAGUCAUAUACGAGCGAAGAAUCGUGAUAUUUUACGAGAAAUUUAAAAUAUUACACUCGCCGACGGAUAAUUAAGUGCUGUGAUAUAUUGUUUUUUUUUAAGUUUAAAUUAAAUAUUUAUUCGUUAUUAAAUUAUUUUGUGAUCGCGCCGUCUGUUAACGUACACAUACGCCGUGUUCCAUUAUCCACUCCCAAAAGUAUUAUUCACUGUUCUUCGUACGCAACGCAGUCAUUAAAAAUGGUCGAGAGUAUCAUUGAAGAAGAAACCCCCGGACAGACUGAGAGCACCCAAAAUGUCCCGGUUGAAAAAAAGUCUGAAUCACUAUCAUUGAGAAAAGAAGAGGCUCGUAACAAGCGCAAGAAGAAGAAGAUCACCAACAGCCUUGUGACAUCUUGUUUCCAAGAUGCAUAUAAAUUGACUGGUGAAGUAUUGGGUCAAGGUGCUUAUGCAUCUGUUCAAACGUGUGUAAGCGUGUUAACUGGCUUAGAAUUUGCUGUUAAAGUGAUUGACAAAAUUGCCGAACAUGCUCGAGCACGUGUAUUCCGCGAAGUUGAAACAUUUUACCAUUGCCAAGGCCAUCCAAACAUCAUUCAAAUGCUUGAAUUCUUUGAGGCUGAUGACAAAUUUUACAUGGUGUUUGAAAAGGUGGUAGGUGGGCAACUGCUUGAUAGAAUACAACAACGAAAGAGAUUUACAGAAUGUGAAGCUAGUCUUAUUGUCAAAGAUUUGGCAAGUGCAUUAAAUUUUCUACAUCAAAAAGGAAUAGCUCAUCGUGAUUUGAAACCCGAAAAUAUCCUUUGUGUGGAUCCUGUAGCAUUAACUCCUGUUAAGUUAUGUGAUUUUGAUCUUGGAUCUGGUAUUAAGUUAAAUCCAGUUGAUGGCAGUGCAACGCCACAACUAUUAACUCCAGUAGGGAGUGCUGAUUUCAUGGCUCCUGAAGUAGUAGAUGCAUUUGUUGGAAGUCCAGACUCUAAUUACCAUUAUUAUGAUAAGCGUUGCGACUUGUGGUCACUUGGGGUAGUAGCAUACAUACUUCUUUGUGGCUACCCACCAUUUUAUGGGAAUUGCGGCUCCAAUUGUGGAUGGGAAUCAGGAAAUGCUUGUCCAGAAUGUCAAGGUUUGCUUUUUAUUAGCAUUCACGAGGGUCGUUAUGAAUUCCCAGACCGUGAGUGGGCAGACAUAUCAAGCGAAGCCAAAGAUUUGAUCAGCAAAUUGCUGGUUAAAGAAGCUAGUGCUCGACCAAGUGCUGCUGAGGUCUUAAAUCAUCCAUGGGUAUUUAGAUUACAGCAAGAAAAACCCAAAGAUCGUGAACUAAGUACACCAGGUGUUAUAAGACGCAACAAUAGUGCUCGCGCCCUAUCUACAUUUGCAGAGUCUGCUAUGUCGGCUAAUCGAGUGUUCCUGCAGCAUUUCAGUUUGUUUUCAUCAUCUGAUGUACCUCUUGCUGCUGCUAAAAGACUUUCACCGCCAUCGCAUUCCAUGAUUGUACAGCGUAGGUCACUUGGUAAACCACAAUGUUCCAAUGAAACUACUGGUAACCGAGCUCCUGCUCAAUUACCAAUCAUUGCGUCUCCUAGCGGCUAGAGUUUAACAGGCCUCCUACAUUCAUUACCUCUCCACUUUUUUUAUACUAAUUAAAAUCAUUAGAAAACAAAAAUUUGGAAAUAAUUUAAAUACAAAUAUGAAUUGACAAUUUUUUUUUUUUUUAACUAAUAGUCAUAUAUCUAAUUUUUUUUUAUAAAGACUAAAAUACGCAAUAAAUAUUAUAAAAUAAUAACUUAAUAGUUAUGUUAUUAUAUAAUAUAUAUAAAUACAGACUUAUUUUUGUACUUUGAAAAGCUCAGUCUUCAAAAAAAAAAUAAAAAGGUAAUAAUUAAAAUUUGUGAUAAUUCCAAUGUUUGGCAACAUGUUUUGUAUUAUGGUGCCAUUAAUAUGUAAACUUUCGGGUAUGGUUAACAAAAUCAAUAAGUUUGUUAUUUUUUUUUCUUAUAGAAAACCAACAAGGUACCUAUAUUAAUAUAUUGUGUAAUUAGACAUAGGUUAGUCCGCAGAAUAUGCGAACGUUUACACCAAAACUAAUGUCUUAUCUAGAAUAUAGCUCAUCAGGUGCCAUUUGUUUUUUUUUUUUUUUUGUUAGUAAUGGUAUAGA